AUGAAAGUAGCGGUUUUCGUUCUUUUCGGCAUCGUAAUUGCCAUAAAAGCACAAGAAAGGGAAUCUCCUGCUGUUUUAAUCUCAAUUCUCGUUCGAAAUAAAGCUCAUGUCCUUCCAUAUACCCUUUCAUUUGUCGAAAAUUUAAAUUAUCCGAAAAAUCGUCUUGGAUUAUUCAUUCGCUCCGAUCACAAUGUUGACAAUUCUGUGCAAAUUAUUGACGCGUGGCUCAAUACAACUCAAAGUGCUUAUCACACAGUCAACAAAAAGUACAAAUUGGUGAACGACAAAAGACGCACCGAAAAAUCCGAGUCAGAUUGGCCUUAUGAGAGAUUGACUCAUGUGAUAAACAUGAAAGAAGAAGCUCUGAAUUUUGCAAGAAAAAAUUGGUAUGACUUUGUUUUGUUUCUUGAUGCGGAUGUUUUGCUGUCAAAUCCGGAUGUCUUAAAAAAUUUGAUUGCUUUGGAUUUGGCAGUUGUAGCUCCGAUGGUGUCGACUACGGAGAAGGAAUAUACGAACUUUUGGACUGAACUUGGACCGGAAAAUGAAAAAAUAUUGGAUAAAGAAAUUCAAAAUUACGACAAAAAAGGACAUUUCAAGGUUGACGGAGUCUCGAAUGUUGUUCUCGUGAACUUAAAUUUGCUCAAUUCAGAUGGUUUGACGUUCGAUAAAAAAGUUUUAAAUACUUUGAACAACAAAAAAGGCUUUUAUUAUGAAGGAGUAUUGGAUCCUGAUGUGAUUUUUAGUGUUUCAGCCAAACAAGCAAAUGUUCCAAUUUAUGUCGCAAAUGACCACUUUUAUGGCUUUGUCUUGCAUCCUCUUGCUCCUAAAGACACUCUCGAGAAGGAAAAGCAAAGUUUGGUGAACGUUUUGGUCGAAAUCUUGGACAAAAGUGCAACUAAAACUGUUGAUGUCAAGGAAUGUUUCAAAAAUUUCAUGACUUAUCCAAAGCCUGACACUCUUGGAAUGGAUCGCAUUUUUGUCGUAAAUCACGACACUGACCUCAAAAACCGAUUUGAACUUCUCUCACGAUUUAUGGGUUUAAGUGUUCAACGUGUCCCAUUAAUCGAUGAAAAGAGCUUAACCCUUCAAUUUAUCGAAGAACAUGGAAUUUCUCAACUACCCGACUAUAAACAUCCCGUUGAAAAACGUCCCAUGACAUUAUUUGAGAUCCGUUGGUUCCUCAGUCAUCAUGAAAUUUGGCAAAAAAUGGUCAAAAAGUCCCUCAACUUGGUCCUUGUGAUGGAAGAUGACGUUCGUUUCAAGCCUGAUUUCAAGAAAAAUGUUUUAAAAGCUGUUGAUGAAGCCAAAAAUACCGGAAAAAAUUGGGAUUUGCUCUAUUUUACGCGUAAAUGGAUAGGAGGAGAUGAGCUUCGAGUAGAUGGCACGAAAAAUUUGUAUGAAACUGCUUACUCACCUUCAACAACUGCUUAUUGCUUGACUCUGGAAGGAGCUAAAAAGCUCUUGAACGCGAGUCCUUUGAGUAAAAUGGUGCCUGUUCAAGAAUUUCUGCCAAUAAUGGCGAAUAAACAUCCAAACAAGACUUGGAAUGAGGCAUUUUCCGAGAGAAAUCUUGUGGCAUGGCACGUUUAUCCGUCGCUUGCCGAGACAUUGAAAGACUGAAGUCGGUUGUUAACAAAUUCUUUAUUUAAUUUUUUAAAAAAUAUGCAAUA